CACGGCUUCAACAAACAGCAACGCGCUAAGCAAAAUCCUCCGAGUCUCCUACCCGUCGUCUCGUCUCUUUCCCUCCUCUCCCCCUCUUCCCUCCCCUCUCCCGCGCGCCAAUUCCCAACCCUAGCCAACCCUUGCCACCGCGCGAGCCAACCAUGGCGGGCGAGAUCCCAGACGCCGACGGCAAGGCCCGCUCGGCGGACUCCUCAUCCUCGUCCUACGGGUUCCCGCCGUCGGCGCCGCCGCAGCACCAGCAAUAUGGAACCUUCGGCCCCCCGUCGGCCUCCGGGGAAUACCCGCAGCCGGCGGUCGGAUUCCCCCAGCCGGCUCCGCCGCCCGGGCUCCGGCACUACCCGCAGCCGCCUCCGGCGUCGUACGCCGUCUACCCGCCUCCUCCGCAGCCCUACUCGGCGGCCGCGCCGUACUACGCCCAGGGGUAUCAGGCCGUGCCAGGUUAUAUUGCUGUUGUUGAAGGAAGGCCUGUGAGAAUGCGACGUCUUCCAUGCUGUGGCCUUGGCAUGGGUUGGCUUUUGUUUAUUAUUGGAUUCUUCCUUGCUGCUAUUCCAUGGUACAUUGGAGCUUUUGUUCUGAUCUGCGUCCGAGUACAUGAUUACAGGGAGAAACCAGGAUAUGUUGCCUGCACUAUUGCUGCUUCACUUGCUGCAAUUGCUGUUCUGCUUGGUGCAACAAAAGGCGCUGAUGUGUGGUGAGCACGGCAUCAAUUAUCAGCGGUUUGCUUAAUGUAAACGUUGAUUCUUCUCCUACUUUGUUGAGUUAUCUGGGUUGUACAUGUAUGCAUAGAAAGGACAGAGUGGGACAAGCCUGAUGUACUCUCCUAUUUGUGGUUUGACCUAUAUGCUUCUAGAGUGGAGUGACAUCAAUGUAUUUGCACAUUACUUAUUUGAAAAUUUGCCACAAUACCAUUAUUUCAA